AUGAUGCUUAUUGGAGGCCAGAUGGUGCACAUAUAUCUAGAAGCAGGAGGGACGGACGAAAUAGGAAAGGGCUUUAGCUACUACAAGGAGGUUCUAGACCCAGGGGAAGGGGUAUCGGAGAAGGAGGACCGGGAACACGAGAUGAUCGAGCACGAGAAAAUACGCGAUAAGCUGUUUGAGAAAGGAGAUGAGGCGGUUAAAGAGGAGGGUGAGUGGAAAGUGGCUGAAGCAGAGGAUGCGCUGAGCGAAGGCGGGGAGGAGAAGAAGGAGGAGCAGGAGGCUUUCGGUGGUGGAGAGGAGAGCGAGCUGUCGAAGUUUCUGGAGAAGGUGGUGCGUGUUGUGAUCACAGCGAAGCCGAAGACGGGGUUUGAGCUGGAGAAGGCCGGCGCCGGUGCGCAGGGGCAGGGCGCUGAUGCGCAGGAAGAUGGCGCCGAUGCGCAAAAAGACGGCGCCCACGCAGCCACCGGCGUGCGCUACGACAACGGGUACAAGCUGUUCCCCCGGCGGUACGGCGCGAACGGCGUGGUGAACGUGGCGGUGCACGACGACCCGGCGCCCGUGUUGUCGGAGCAGUACUUGAGCCAGUGCCUAGAGCUGCCGGACGAGGUCUACGACGACUUGCGCGCAAGCCACUUCUACGUGACGCAGCAGCUGCCGCAGACGCACCCUGCGGGAAUGUACAAAGGAGAUGGCAUAGUGAUGGUGGGCGGCGGGCGCUACUCGUGGCUGGUGUUGCUUGCAGUGGAAAACUUGCGGCGCGCAGGGUCGCAGUUGCCCGUUGAGGUGUUUAUUCCGACGGAGCGCGAGUACGAGCCGCAGCUGUGCGAGCGCCUGCUCCCGCGCCUCAAUGCGCGCUGCUACGUGUUGCCGCGCAGGCUACCCUUCAUCAAGAAGUUUGCAAAUCUCUUCGGCGGCUACCAGUACAAGUCGCUGGCGUUGCUUACGUCAUCGUUCGAGCGGGUUCUUCUCCUGGAUGCGGACAACAUCGCAGUGGCGAAUCCGGACGGGUUGUUUGCGUCGGAGCCGUUCCAAACGCGCGGGAUGGUUUUGUGGCCGGACUACUGGCGCCGGGUGGCGCACCCCGCAUUCUACCGGUUGGCGCGGUUUGCGGUGGGUGCGCGGCGCGUGCGCAACGGCCAGGACAACCUCAGUCCGCCCCAACUGUAUGCAUCCGGCAUGGAAAACCCAGUUUCCGACAUCCCGCUCCACGACAGGCAGGGAACGGUGCCAGAUUUGACGACGGAGUCCGGGCAGAUCCUCGUGAACAAGGACACGCACAUGCGCACGCUACUUUUGUCGCUAUACUACAAUUUGUACGGCCCGCAUCAGUAUUACCCGCUUCUUUCGCAGGGUUCCAGCGGCGAGGGCGACAAGGAGACGUUUUUGACGGCCGCCACGUACUACGGGGAGGAUGUGUACAACGUGAAACGCAUCUGCGGCAGCUUGGGGUACUGGCUGCGGGACUCGGCGGAGUUUAUUGGUGUAGGGAUGGCGCAGCACGACCCGGUGGUGGAUUUCCGCAACACGGAGCACUUCCGCGAGUACACGGCGUCGAGGUUGAAGCAGUUCCAGGAGAGCAACCCGAACUGGUCGAAGCUCAUGCCUCAACUCCUCAAGUCGAUUGAGGAGGACCCGGAGAACAACUUUCAGGCCACCAUGAACCGCAACCAGAGACCGCUGUUUUUCCACUGCAACUUUCCCAAACCAGACCCGGUCAAGCUCAAGGCCGACAACCUAGUGGUUGACAAGGAGGGCAACGAGCGUCGCAUCUAUCUUCUCGACGGUGAGGACGGCGAUGACGGAUUUGAGGAGACGCAGUGGCAGAUUAUGCACAAAUACUUCUGCGAGACGCCUGACUUCAGCCUCCGGUACUUCAGCGAGGCCCACGUGAAGCCUGGCGACUACUGUGGCUUUAUAGAGCACCGUCUCGAGUUCCUCAAGACGCACUGA